UUUUAUUUUUAUAGUUCUUUUAGUACCAGAGAGUUAUCUGCUCCUGAUGGAAGAUGGCUGUUAGUUGAUUUUUUUUUGCUGAUUUAUUGUUCCUGUGGAUUAAACUAUAGGACAGUGAAAUUAACACCUUGAGUAGUGAAGAAUGGCAACCGGUGGGAACAUGGAUUGGCGAAUAGGACGGAAUGUUGUGCAGUGUAACAAGUACAUGCUUGUUCACGAGGUGGAGGGCGAUGUGACAUUUGUUGUGGGAGGGGAAGAAAUUAGAGCCCACCGUUACAUGCUGAUCAGUCGCAGUGCUGUAUUCCAAUCACAACUUACACAUCAAAGAAUGUCCCAGGAAAUUCAAGUGGAAGAUAUAGAACCACACAUAUUCAAAAAAAUGUUACAGUUUAUCUACACAGAUGAUGUUGAUUUUAACUCUGGUUCAGCCACACAGUUGUUCGAAGCAGCUAAUAGAUAUGGAAUAGAAGAAUUAAAAAAACUGUGCUUUAAUAAAAUGAAAGAAAAUAUCUCUAAAGAGAAUGUGUGCCUUUUCCUAAAGAUGGCAUAUGAUAAGAACUGUCAAAGUGAAAAAGAUAGAGCCUUAAAUGUUUUCUAUCGAGAUGCUGAAGAGUUGUUAAGUUCUGAGGGUAUAUUUGAGCUACCUCAAAAAUGUUUGAUUGAUAUUUUUAAAAGUGACAGAAUAACCUUAACAGAAGAGAAAAAGUUUGAUGUAGCAAAACUUUGGGCAGAGAGUCUGUGCAGAAGACAAAAUCGUGAAGUAAAUGACAGAAAUAUCAAAGAGUUAUUAGAACCCGUGGUUGAUUGUAUAAAGUUUGAAAAAAUGGAUACAGAUUAUUUUACAAAUCAUGUUUCAAAUACAGAAAUUUUGGAUAAAACAAGAAUAAUCAAUAUAUUCCAAAUAUUGGUAAAGCGUAACAGAACAUUGUCAUCGGCAUCCAAUGAAAGAAGUGUAAACCAAUCACAAUCUUCACCAACCAGAGAGUCACCCAAUGGCCUGCAAGCAAUGGCCUCACAAACGUUGCAAAUUCCCUCAACAUCUGUGUUGCAAUCCUCUUCUAUACUGCAGUUAGAGACGGAUCCAUAUAGUUCCUCGGAACAUGUUCUUGCAUCUGGAAGACAAGGUCCAACUCCCAUACCUCCUAGAGGAAAUAAUAAUUUGAAUCGGUCAAGGGCCCAGCCAGCUAGAAGGUCUUCAUCAACUGAGCUAGCUGGUGCACAACCAUUUCAAGAUGCCAUGAUAGAAAAUACUGUUACUCUUUGGAGAUUUGGUGGCAUCUUGAGCGGAAAAGCCUACUUAAGAGAUAAUGCAGACGCUAUAUCGAUCAUUCCAAGUCACUCUGGAAAUUUACAUGGAGUAUAUUUGUUUGGAAGCCAUCAAAGGCAAGGGUCUUACAAAGUCAACAUGAAAAUACUAGAAGAUGGCACAGUGAAAAAGGCCAUUCCUAACAAGGAAUUUGCAUCUGAUGGAAGGGAAAAAUACCACUUGAUCAGGAUUAGUCCACCUAUGCGUUUUGUGGCAGAUGUUGUCUACACUGUGGAAAUGGUAAUGAAGGGCCCCACAAGUUUUUACGGUAAAUCUGGAAAAGAAAUGGUGACUGAAGGGGAUGUUACUUUUACUUUCAUUCCUAAUGACAAUGGACUGAACGGCACAAACACUUCUAUUGGUCAGUUUCCAGGCUUUGUUUUUGAGAAAGAUGAGUAAAAAGUGAAAAUAAAAUUUUAAUCACUGGCAUGAUGUCAUUAGAAUGCAUGGAAUCAAUUUAAUAAGUGGGGGCCAUUUUUUUCUGCAUUGUCCAUAAAUGGGAAUGCUAUUUUAUGGAUUUACUUGUAGAUAUAUACAACAAGACUGUUUCAAAAUUAAUUUUAAUGUUACUUUGUGGGUUAGAGGAUCCUGUGAAAAUUGAACCACCACAAAUUCUAUAAUGAUUCCACAGUAAAUUUAUUGACAAAAAAUUGUUUGUAGAAUCAGAAUUUUUUCUCUAAUAAAAUUUUGUUGAUUUGCAACCUAAAAUGGUUUUGUAGUAAUAUGUUGUUUUCUAAACAUACAUGUAUGACUACAUGUACUGGUAUUUAAAAUUUUAUUUAGGAUUUAAUUUUGUUGAUACUUGUAUAUGGUAUCAACUAAUUAAAAAAAGAAUGAAUCUGUAAAUGUAUUGCUGUUUUUGCAGUUUAAUGUUUUGCAUUUACUAUACAUAUAAUUAUGUAUAUAUAUUUUAUUUGUUUGAUAUAUUUUACUUAUGCAUGUUCCUUAGUUACUUGUUUUUUUACCUGUACAUUUAACUGUCAUAGCUGGUGAUUAUAUUAUUAUUAUAGUAUUAUACAGCAAUUAUUUUAUAAAAACCUGUUAUUUUAUUUAUUUAUAAUAAUCAUGAUUACAAGACAGAUGAUAUUUAUGUACAUGAUUCUAAACUAUAUAUAUAAUUAAUACUAUUAAGAGAGAAUAAAAUAUGGCAUUUGGGGUUGGAUUUACAUGUAGGUAUAUCCACUCAAAUUACCAUUUCUUAAAAGAAAUGGACUUUUUAGUAACUUUUAGGGUUUUAACUGCUUGCAUGAAUUUUGUUUACAGUAGUUCAACGUUGAAUCCCUGGUUUUAAAGAAUCGAUGGAUUUUAAUUUCAGUUAAACUUUAUUUUCUUGUUUUGUUUUCAUUGGUAGGCUACAGUAGAAUAAAUUUAUAUUUCAUCAAAGUGCUUGUUAAGAGUUUUCUUUAAGAAAUGAGACACAUUUGAAAAAUAAUAUGUAUUAUUAAUUUAUUCUGAUUUUUUAAACACAUUGAUUUUUUAAACAUGAAAACUUAUAAUUUCCUAAAAAGGUUUGGCCUUUGAUCUCUAUCAAUAACCUUGACAUUUUGCUGAUAUUGACCUUUGAUCUAUCAUUUGAAUAUGGUAAAUAUAUACAAAAUAUAAAGCCAAUUUUAACUUGUUAACUUUUGAAGCUCGUUCUUAACUAUAUGCAAAUUUAAAUACUUGUAUACUUCUUCCUGGACUCUUAAUUGAUUUGAGAUUACAUGUAUCUGUAAACAUUAUUUUAUUCAAAUUUAUUAUAACCUAAAAGUUUUCAAAAGAAAAGAUGAGAAUUUUAUAAGGGAGUCCAGACCACACAAACUUUGCUAUAUCCAUGCUCAUACUGAACAAGUUUUACUCUAAACUCAAGACUUCGGUUUAUCUAAGUAAUCAUCCUUUGAGUAUUUACUAUUAUGAGUUGAUAAUUUUGGUCACACAUAAUCACAUCUUGCUAUAAUAAAGCCUUUAACCUGUUUUAAGUCUUUGAAAGAAUAGUGAUGUUGAGAUAUACUACAUGUACAUGUAAUUAUCUUGUCAAUUUAGAAGAUAUGCAUGGCUAUGGAAACAUAUGCAGCGGUAGACAGAUUCAGAUGGACACACAGAGAAUGUCAUCCACUCUUUGUUUUGGAAACAAAACCUGCUGCUUGAUUUUCAUUAUGGCCAAAAUCUAGUUCUUCCUUCCAAUAUAACUUAGUAAUAUGAAUGUUUAUACUAUCACUUAUUCUAUUCUGACUUAUCAUACAAUCUAAUAUGUAUAUUUAUAUCUUGGAUGCUCAACAAAAUCAGAUUUAAUCUAGGUAAUCUGAAAUCUGAUGUCCAUAAUAUACAGCGGUACAUUUUUAGUAAUUAAAAGCAAUUCUCAGUACAUUGUUGAACCCAUGUUCUCGAUAUUGUUAAUGUUCUGUACCAUUUUGUCCUAAGCAAAUUCUUCAUGUAGCUCAUUACCUCCAAAACCUUCUUCUCCACAAUUAAUGUACAUCAAUUUUAUUCAAGUUUUGCAGAUCAGUAUGCAUCAAAUUGUAACCUUAAAAUUGGUCAAAAAAGAGGUAAAAUUAUGUUUUUUUCAAAGUCCAUGUCAAUCAUUCUUCGCAUUGUAGUAGCACUGUACCGUAAUUUAAUUCUGCUACCAUUAAAAUAAAAAACAGAAAAAGUGGAGUUUUAUAAUUUUUAAUAUUUUUAACAAAACACAAUAAAGGGGCCACAUAUCACAGCCAAAUUUGCAUGAUUUUUCUUUAACCAUGUAGAUAAGUGUUCCAUAGAGUCAAAAAUUCUGUAUCAAAGAAUAUUGCUUUUAAACAGAAUAAUAGUUAUUCAAAUAGGAACCAUAGUAUAUGAAAUUGCAACAGGUUUAACACAGACAUUAUAUUACCUUGCUUCAUAAAAUUUAACAAUUAAAAAUAAAGUUUUACAAAUGUCAGGUAAAGUAGAACAUUACUAAUAUGUCAUGAUUUGUACAUGCAGAAAAAACAACUUAAAAAAGUUAACAUUGUACAUGUAUAACUAUAAAUGCACAGUAUCAAGCUAUAUGUACCAGUUUGUUUCUCUAUCCACUUUGACUACUGUGAAUCUACAAAAACAUUCUACUAACCAGCAUAUAACUUUAGAACUAAAAAACUUUAAUUCAUUUUUUAAAAUACAUAUCUUUCUUCUUUUUCUUUUUUUUUUUAAAACUUUUUUUGUUGUUUCUUUUGUUUUUUUUUUUUUUUUUUUUUUUUUUACAUUUUGUUCAGUUUU